AUGGGGCUGCUGACCGGGGACGCACUGCUCACCCUGGCCAUGGCUGUGGCCAUCUUUCUGUUCCUGGUGGACCUGAUGCACCGGCACCAACGCUGGGCUGCCCGCUACCCACCAGGCCCCGUGCCACUGCCUGUGCUGGGCAACCUGCUGCACGUGGACUUCUAUAACACGCCAUACAGCUUCUACAAGCUACGACGCCGCUUUGGGAACGUGUUCAGCCUGCAGCUGGCCUGGAAACCGGUGGUCGUGCUCAAUGGGCUGGCAGCUGUGCGGGAGGCGCUGGUGACCCGCAAUGAAGACACAGCAGACCGUCCUCCAAUGCCCAUCUAUGAACACCUGGGCUUCGGGCCAAGAUCCAAAGGGGUUAUCCUGGUGCCCUAUGGGCCUGCUUGGCGCGAGCAGCGUCGCUUCUCCGUGUCCACCCUGCGCAACUUCGGCCUGGGCAAGAAGUCGCUGGAGCAGUGGGUGAUCGAGGAGGCCGACUGCCUCUGUGCCGCCUUCACUGACCAGGCUGGGCGCCCCUUCAGACCCAACGCCCUCCUAAACAAGGCUGUGUGCAACGUGAUCGCCUCCCUCAUCUAUGCCCUCCGCUUUGAGUACGACGACCCACGCUUGGUCAGGCUGCUGGAUUUAUUGGAAGAGAAUAUGAAGGAGGAGUCCGGCAUCCUUCCUGAGCUGCUGAACGCAGUCCCAGUCCUCCUGCGCAUCCCAGGACUGCCUGGCAAGGUCUUUCCUGGGCAGAAGGCCUUCUUCGUCCUGCUGGAUGAGCUGUUGACUGAGCACAGGAUGACCUGGGACCCGGCUCAGCCACCCCGAGACCUGACUGACGCCUUCCUGGCCGAGGUGGAGAAGGCCAAAGGACACCCAGAGAGCAGCUUCAAUGAUGAGAACCUGCGCAUGGUGGUGGCUGACCUAUUCACCGCUGGGAUGGUGACCACCUCCACCACGCUGGCCUGGGCCCUGCUGCUCAUGACCCUGCACCCGGAUGUGCAGCGCCGGGUCCAGCAGGAGAUCGAUGAAGUGAUAGGGCAGGUGCGGCGGCCAGAGAUGGGGGACCAGGCACGCAUGCCCUUCACCAACGCCGUGAUCCACGAGGUGCAGCGCUUUGCAGACAUCAUCCCUGUUAAUUUACCCCACAUGACCUCCCGUGACGUUGAAAUACAGGGCUUCCUCAUCCCCAAGGGGACAACGCUCAUUCCCAACCUGUCAUCCGUGCUGAAGGAUGAGACCGUCUGGGAGAAGCCCUUCCGCUUCCACCCUGAACACUUCCUGGACGCCCAGGGUCACUUCGUGAAGCCCGAGGCCUUCAUGCCGUUCUCAGCAGGCCGCCGCAUGUGCCUCGGGGAGCCCCUGGCCCGCAUGGAGCUCUUCCUCUUCUUCACCCGCCUCCUGCAGCGCCUCAGCUUCUCGGUGCCCGCAGGACAUCCCCGCCCCAGCGACUAUGGGGCCUUUGCCAUCCCUGUUUCCCCAUCCCCGUACGAACUCUGUGUAGCAUCCCGCUAG